GAGAGAGAGAGAGAAUGGCAAAGACAGCUAGCUAGCCAAGAAGCAGGAGAGGGGAGGGGGAAGCGACUGAACUGGCAGAAGAGGGAACAGGAUGGCACUAUCCAGCUACCACCCACAUAGCCCCAGGCCAAGGAGAGGCUCAGGUAGGAAGAGGUUAAGAAACCCUGAGCUCCGGAGACGGAAGCCAUCCGUGUGCUGGUAAUGGCUCAGAUUGAAGAGUCCCAGAGGGAAUCCUUGACUGUGCUCGACUGUGCUUCCUGCGCUGGUUCGACCAGUUACCCCCAAAGUUGCUGUCAGCUGGACACCGGCAGCACCCUUAUCGGCAAAUGCUCCCCUUGGCCCCAGAAGAUUUCUGCUGUGCCUGGCAUGAACUCUGGUCUGGGGAUUCUUACAUCUGCUUCAGUCUUUAUGUGAUGAAGCACCCAGCUCAAGGCCCAAUGAAUAUAACAGGCACUUCAUAAGUUCUUGUUGGAUUGGAUUGGACAAACCACUUGAUCUCUCCAGGCCUCAAAAUCCUCAUUUAGGAAGUGAGGCUAAUAAUGUUGCUGGUGAGAACUCCGUGAAACAAUUCAGCAAAGCUAUGGCUGGAGAUUCUAGGAAUUCCAUGAACCAAGACAUGGAGAUUGGAACCACCCCCAGAGACCCCAGGAAGAUUCCCAAACAGGCCCGUGAUUAUAUCCCCAUCGCUACUGAUCGGACUCGUCUUCUGACAGAAGCCAAGAAGCCCCGUCAGCGAUACAUGGAGAAGAGUGGCAAGUGUAACGUGCAUCAUGGUAAUGUCCAGGAAACCUAUCGUUACCUGAGUGACCUCUUCACAACACUGGUGGAUUUGAAGUGGCGCUUCAAUCUCCUUGUCUUCACCAUGGUCUACACCAUUACUUGGUUGUUCUUUGGCUUUAUUUGGUGGCUCAUUGCAUACAUUCGGGGAGACCUGGACCAUGUUGGGGACAAAAACUGGGUUCCUUGUGUUGAGAAUCUCAGUGGCUUUGUCUCUGCCUUCCUGUUCUCCAUUGAAACAGAAACCACCAUUGGGUAUGGCUUCCGGGUCAUCACAGAGAAGUGUCCAGAGGGGAUCAUCCUCCUAUUGGUCCAAGCCAUCUUAGGUUCCAUAGUCAAUGCCUUCAUGGUGGGCUGCAUGUUUGUCAAGAUCAGUCAGCCCAAGAAGAGGGCAGAGACUCUCAUGUUUUCUAACAAUGCUGUCAUUUCUAUGCGGGAUGAUAAGCUUUGCCUCAUGUUCCGGGUGGGCGAUCUCCGCAAUUCUCACAUCGUAGAGGCCUCCAUAAGGGCCAAGCUCAUCAAGUCCAGGCAGACCAAAGAAGGGGAGUUCAUUCCCCUAAAUCAGACGGACAUUAAUGUGGGUUUUGACACCGGGGAUGACCGCCUCUUCCUGGUGUCGCCACUCAUCAUCUCCCAUGAAAUCAAUGAGAAGAGCCCUUUCUGGGAGAUGUCCAGGGCACAGUUGAAUCAGGAAGAGUUUGAGGUGGUAGUCAUCUUAGAAGGCAUGGUAGAAGCUACAGGCAUGACUUGCCAGGCCCGCAGCUCUUAUAUGGACACUGAGGUUCUUUGGGGCCACCGCUUCACGCCAGUCCUCACCCUAGAGAAGGGCUUCUACGAGGUAGACUACAAUACCUUCCACGACACCUACGAGACCAACACACCCACCUGCUGUGCCAAGGAGCUGGCGGAGGCCCAGCGAGAAGGGCGGCUCCUUCAGUACCUCUCCAGCCCCGCCCUGCUAGGGGGCUGUGCCAAGGAGGGAUUGGGCCAAAGGGCAGAGGAAGGAGAGGAAGAAGCAGAGGGGCUGGGGAGAGCCAGAGAGACUAGCAGCUCUGUGUGACUCCUGUGCCCCAAGGAGAUGGAACAUAAUCUCCAGCCAGAAACCCCACAUGGACCCAAUGAGGCAAACUAACUGAGAUGGUUUGUGUAGGUGGCCAUGGAAGUGAUAGAGGCUCUGAGAAGAUAGGUAUUUUAACAAAACCUUCCCUUUCCCAACGUGAUGCCAUCCUGUGUACCAUGACACUCCUUACACCCGUAAGGGUCAUAGCUCUGCCCUCCCUUCUUGUCCCAAUUGAAUGACGUCUGGGGUCCAAGGAGAAAGUUGGGCUUUCUGCCUAUGGUUGUGAUGUAUUUGCUCUUUGUUGCUCAGCCCCUCAUUUCUCUUCCCACUAAUUCUGGUACUUUCCCUGAGCUGAAUAUCCAGGCAGCCUCAUAAAAGGAUGCAGGCAUUGCUGAAUGGCUGAGGUGGGAGUGGGGUGGUGGGAAGGGGCAAGAGGCACUUCUGCCCUGAGGCCCAUUAGGUGUUGAAUUCCCAAAGGAGACAUCCCCUCCCCUCAGAGAAGGAAGCAUUCUUUAUCUGGGGGCUUUUGCCAUUUAGUGGGGCUGGCAUUGAAGAAAGAAUAUUGCCCGAGAUCUCUGUUACUAGUGUGUUGGUUUGGGUUUGUUUUUCAAAUGUAGCCUAUUCACUCUCUUAGAAGUUACUAAUCAAACCUGGACCUAUGUCCUAGGAAAACCAGACUAGGGCUGUCAGAUCAAGUUUGGUUUUUAUUAGCAAUUUUAAAAAGCAUAUUCUUUAUCAUACUGUGCUCCUCAAAUCUCCUACAGGUCAAGGAACACCAGACACUGUUUCUGUCACAGAAUACUUUUGCCUAAGGAACUCAAAACACUUCUAACUUUCACCUUGUUUUUCUUUUAUAUACCAGAGUGAGGCUAAGGUGAGAGCUGAAGAAAGUGUGGUUUAUAGACUUAGUAUUAAAGCUGGGAGGGCAGAGAUAAAAAGGGAAGGUGGGAGACAGAGGGGAGGAAAGAAACUAUAGAUUAUUUUUCAAACAGCCACCUGCAAAACUUAGUUCCCAGGCUCUCCUGAUUCCCAGUUCAGUAGCCCUUCUAUUUUUAGGGCCAAUCAUGACAUGUAAGGGGAUAGUCAGAGGUAACCUUUUCACUAAAGCAAUUAGUAUCUCUAGGGUAAGCCAAGUGGCCCGGUUUAAGUUACUAACAGUGUUGAAAGAGUGCCAAGGCUUCAGCAAUGGUCCUGUGAGUGGACAAGUGGAAAUACUAGGUACCCAUUUGGUGUCAAAAACUAACCUCAGGUUUCACACUCAAAAGAACCUGUGGCCUUUUGAUUAGGAGUCCUACUGCCCUGUCUCAUGCUGGCAAAGUGCUGGCCUUAGGGGUAGAGGGGUGGAGAGGAAGGGCCUGAGGCAAGGAAACACUAGGAAGGAAAAGGAGAAGGGCUCACUCUCUCUUUCACAUGCUCUCUCCUCAUUCCUCAUGGGAAAUGUGAGAAGAACUAGGGACCCAUGGGGAGAUGGGAGGUGAGACGAUAUAAACAGGAAAAAAAAUCUCAAAAAAAAUUACCUUUUCUAAGAACUUAGCUAUUUUUUGUCUGAAGGUAUGGGGAGAGUACAGAUAUUACAUAUAACUCAUGGAGAUUAUUUAGUGGAUGAAAUCUGGAAGGUGAGAGGGAAGGUGUAUGGCUUUUGUCUGUCUAACUGGAUGGAGGGAGAGGAAGAAUUCUAAUUGGCUAACCAGACUUGGAAGAAAAUUUUACCAAAGCUAUCAGGGAUUCAGAAUUCUCUUCAGCCUCCAAAAUUUACAAUGGUCCUACCCACACUUGUCAUUUGCCACCCUGUUCACUAUCUCUUCCCCUGGUUAGCAUUCCCCUUUACUACUAAGCUGUAGGAAGGAAUUCAGACAUCUUAAAAAGCCAGAUUUCCUUCUCAAAGAGGGUGUGCAAAUUAAGCCAAAAUGGAGUAGAAAGUAAGAAAAUAAGGCACAGGGGAUUCAAUUUCUCUUAUAUCUUCUGCCUGAUUUCUAUUAGGCCUAAACUAUGCUUCUCAUCAGUCUGUUGUCUAGGUGGCAAACAAUGCUGCUGCACUCCUCUUCUGGCCUUGGAAUACAUAGUCCUUUCUCCACUCCCAGCUCUCAUACUUUCCUGGUCCUCUCAGCUCUGCUUCUGGACUGUCAGAGGUCCUGAGCAAAGAGGAGAGCAAUAAAGUUCCCUGCUAGACCCUAAGGCUCCAUCAGGCUAUGGGCAAGAUCACAUGCCCUGGCUAUGUGGUGAUAUGCUGCUAUGAUUCUUCUCCAUAAAACUUACCAGUAACAUGGAAACUGCCCUCAACCUCCCAAGAAAACAAUAAUAACAAAUCAUAUGUACAGAGUACUUCAAGGCUUACAAAACACUUUUCUUACCAAAACUACAUAAACAGGGUGUAGGGUUUUCUGGUUUUUGUUAACUGUGUCCUGACUCUGCAAAUAUUUGGGAAAAGCCCUGGAACCUUUUCCUGAAAGGUGGGACAUAAAAUAGAAGAGCCGUAGUAAAGAGAGGGAAUGAUGAGGGCAACAUGGCCUUUGACAAGCCCCACUCCCACCUUACCCCUCACAAAAUAGAAAUUCUAGUACUACCACCUCUUACAUGUGAAGCUUUGACCUCAUAGCUUCAAAAUUGAGAGAAUGUAGCUCUCUGCAGUCUGCAAUAGCUUGGUGGCUUUACAAACAUAAACCAUGGAUUUCAAUAUUCUCGUGGUCCCAAGGUAUUACCUGGUUUAUUACAAUCUGAAAGUUUCAGAAGCUAACCCCUGGCCUUGGCCUCUGUAUAUUGGAAAUUACCUGUGGUAGAAGGAUUUACUACCUGUGAUAGACGGAUUGGAUAUUUUUUUUCGAAUAGCUCUGAAGAAGUAGAAUACUCCUUAACCUCCCUCUGGUCUCAGUUUCCUUAUCUGCAAAAUGAGAUAUUAGACUAGGCAAUGUAUUUUUAUUUAUUUUAUUAAAUAUUUCCCAAUCACAUUUUAAUCUGGAUGGGCCAGACAGAAAUUUUGCAGCCUUGUGAGUCUGACACCUCUGCAUCUUAUGACUUGGGUUUGAAAUCCAACUUUGCUAAUUGCUACUCUUGUGAUCUUGGGCAAAUUACUUCAUCUCCCUGGACAUUGGCUUCCUCGUUUGUAAAGUGAGAGUCCUUUCAAGAUUUCACAUUCUAUGCUCCUGAAGAAUCAAAGAACACUCCCACCUCCAGUAAGCUUCAUAUAUAACCUUAAUAACACAAACACUUUUAACAAAUACUUAUUAAAUGCUUGCUGUGGAAUUCAAAGACAAGGUUGAUUCUUCCCUCAAGGAGAUUACAGUAUAGUAGAGAAACUAUGAUGCAUAGACCAAUAAGUAUGAUAAAAGGUAGCGAAUGAUUCAGACUUUUUUUUAAAAAAGAAGAACUCCAGACAAAAUACUUUAGGAAAAUUAGAGAAGUGGAAGAUCACUUAAUACUUAGGUUGAACAGAGCCAAGUAGAGAAAGUUCUUAUCAUUUUGGCAAGUACCAGCAGAGAUGAGUGAAUAUUUAUACACAUUUCCUAUCUACGACCAGCAACCUUUCUCCCACACAAUAUCCCUCUACCUUACAGUGUACUAGAUUUCUCUGGUAUGAGAUAAAAAUCAUAGAGAUCUAAACAUACCCUUAAACAAUCAUUUCCUGAAACAGCCUCAGCCCCAGCCCAAGAAUCACGGACAGGUGCUCAGAGAAUAACACAGAAACUAAUGAGUUGAGCAUUAUGGAAGGUCAGGAAUAAAAGGAGUCCAUAUCUUGUGAUUAGGCAGCUCCAAUUAAGUUGGUCAUUUUUACUAAGCCUCAGUCUUGAUCCACCUGCAAUGUUCUCCCAGUGGCAGGAUAAUUGGGAAAUACCUUUUUUUUUUCUAGUCUCUGGGGAAUUAAUGACUUGUGAAAGGCAAUUAGAUGGGAAAGAAUGGGCUUUCUGGGAAAGGAGUCAUUCAUCCUAUCUGACUUGGUUUUUGCUGGAGAAGUCGCUGAAAUCGAUGUGUCAACUCUUGCUUUGCCUAUGUAGGAUUUUUUCAGCAUGCUUAUUAAAGAAAGAAAAUGCCAUUCUGAUGGCUGAAAAUCCAUCACAAUGAAGUGGAUCUGAUCCUCCAAAACUGUUACUUGUUAUAAACAGGCAUCCACUUACAUUACAUUUCAGUUCCUACACUUCAGACAGGCUUAAUGCUCUUGCUCUUUUAAUAGUUUAAAAGAAAAACAGUCAGUGACAAGGCACUAUUGUGAAACUAAGGUCAGAAAGUGGUUGGGGAAAUGAAGAAAGAGACUAGUGAUUAACACAAUUAUGGGGCAAGAGGUUGGAUCCAACUCUGAACCUGGUAUUGGGUCAGAGCUCAGCCUUUGUACAGAAAAUCAAGGGGAGUGUUAGUAACUAUGGAGAUAAUUCAGGCUAUGGGGAAAAAAGUCCAACACCAGUGCUUCAUCAUGUCAUGAAAGUGACCCUUAACUCUUGAAGGAUGUAAGCCCUGGACAAUUUUAUAAAGUUCAGACUGAGAUGCUUUCAAAAGACCAACUUACCUAAACAUGGAAAGGAUUAUCACUAGUAGACCAACCAUCAAGUGAAGUCUUUGGUAAGAUAAUCUCAUAUAUGACCAAUUUUACUAAAUAAUUCAUAGGAAAAAAAUUCAUUUUGAGAGACCUUAAGUAUUUGUAACUAAAAUCUGAUCACUCUGAAGUGGCAAAUAACUAGUUUAUUCAGAUUGGACAAUUCUGUCAAAAGAAAAAUCCACUUUGGGAAUAGUCUGGAAUAGAAAGUUGUCUAGAGAGAAGGGUAGAGUUGUAAAAUGAACAGAGGUUGGACCUUGGAGUCAGGAAAACUUGGGUUCAUAUCCCUGGCCUUUGGGACAUACUGACUAUAAAAUCAUGGGCAAGUCAUUUAAUAUCUCAGUACCCUAGACAGAGGUAUAUGAGGUGUUUAGGGAGGACUAGCAACCUCUGGUAUGAGGACUUGCUGAGCCCUUUUCAGAGCUGCUCAUCUACCUUUGGUGGCCAUCUUCAUUCAACUCUCACCUGUGGCUCCAAAAAGUUAUAGCAUAUGCAGUGGCUAAAUCCUGGUAAAAUCAUCUUGGCAGAUGGGCUAAACCAAGUUGAGGGUAAUCCAUAGGGCUCAAACCGGUCAGUGAGUUAGAAGGGUAUCUACUUCAAGUAUGUGAACACUUCCUCGGUGGAAUGGUAGGAUGAGAAAAUUUUGUUCCAAUGGCCAUGAAGGUGGCUGAAGCAAGCAUUGUGGAGCUCUUAGAAUUUGGUCAGACAUCAAAGACGCCAAGAUCAUCUACAUGGGCCAUUGUCUUGCAAUUGGAUUUUGGUGACUCUGGAGGAGAAGGUGAGGCUGAUGACUUUGUACAACUCUGCCUCACUUAAAUCCAAUUCAUGUGUAAGUCUAGACAUUAUCCUGUGAAGUCAUUAGGACUCUUUGAAAAUGAAGGAUGAACAACAACACCCCAAACAACUCUCUAAAUAAAAGGUUCUUAACCUGGGAUUCACAGAUCCCUUUCAGGAGCUCUAUGUACUUGGUUAGGGGAAAAGAUACAUUAUUAUUUUGACUAACCUUUGGUUUCCUUUGUAAUCUUAUGUAUUUUAUCUUAUGCAUUUCAAAACAUGAUUCUGAGGAGUCCAUCAGUUUAACCAAACUUCCCAGGAAGUCCGGGGUCACAAAAAAGGUUAAGAAUCCCUGAUCUAUAUCAACUUUGUUAUGUUAAUCAAAUUUCUGUGUGAUUGUUAACUUUCCCCUUCAUUUUUGGACUGUGUAGACUCCACUCAAGUCUCAUCUUUCCAUUCAGCAAAGUGGUCACUAGUACCAAGCUCAUUAAAGGGACUAUGAAAUUUAACAUUUGCAAAGUACUUAGAGAUUCUCCAAGUUAAGACCAAAGCUUCAUGUGGAAAAUGUCAUCAGGAGGGGAGAAUUUGAGAUCGACUUUUUAAUUUAUGAUGGCUAUAUAAAGGCAAAUUUCAAGCUCAGAUUUACAAAAGAUCAAGUUAGCAAAAGACCCCUAUUUAAAUGGCACCAAAACUAGAAACCUUUUCAAUAAGUUAAUUAGUCUGGCCUAGUCCUUUUAAAGUUGAGAAAAAUGGGAAGGGGUGGGGAAUGAAUAUUUUAAGUUGCAAAGAAACAGACCUUCACUGAAGCAUGGACAAUUUACAAUGUCUGGUUCAACUAUGCCCCCUCCCCCUCAUCAGCUCAACACAAAUGACAUUUGUUUCACAAGCAUAUUGGCACCACCCCUGACAUGGGCUGAAAACAGGUGGAGAGCCUUUAAAUUAGCAUUAGACAAACACAGGGGUAAUAUCAGAGAGGAAAUGGCCUUCAUGGAGGUGAGCAUACAAGGCCUAGUUAAAGAAACUGAAAGUUUUGUAAGCAGCCAUCUGUUUCCCCACAACAGACAUGGUUAUUCCCUAGGGCUUACCUUCUAAAACUCUCAUAGAGUUCUACUAGGCCUCCUAAGCAUGUUACUGAAAGAGAAUGAAUUUCACUGCGUCCCAGUGAAUCUACACACCCUGAAUAAAAAGCUCCCCCUAAUAGAUACAUCUGAUCCCUGAAGAAUUCACUGACCAAAUUCUAGGCUGGCUACAAAGACCUUGCAUCAACCCCAAUCAUUAACUCUCCAGGAGAGAAUAAUGGAAAUCUAAAGAUUCCUUUUGCCAACUAGCUAUUUUAUUCACGCCAUUCAAAUAAUAAGUAUGUAGAACUUUAUAUUAACAAGACAUUUUUACAUACAUUGAUUACCUUUAUCCUCAUGGCAAUCUUUCAAGAUAGAGAACGAAAGAAAGAAAGAAAGAAAGAAAGAAAGAAAGAAAGAAAGAGAAGCAAGAAAGGAAAGGAAGGAAGGAAAAAAGGAAGGAAGGAAGAAAUAGAUAGUAAAAUGCUAAGCUACAAGAGACUGUAGAAAUUACCUAAUCCAACUCUUUUAUUUGAGACAUAAUGCAAAUUAAAAAGGUAAAGUAAUGUUUAAGAUGACAUAGCAAGCCAGAUCUAGAAUCUAAGUCUCUGGUCUAUUGGCAUAGAACCCCUUCCAAUAGACCAGACUGAUUCUAUUUGACAGAUGAGGAAAAUGAGACUCAGAGAAGUUAACCAAGGUCAUAUAACAAGUGCUUGAUGGAGACCAGAGUCAAACCCAGGUCUUUCUGAUUCUAAAUCCAGUGUCCUUUCUACAGGUUAGACCAUGCUCCCUAAAGGUAAUUGCUCCCCACCCCCAAUUUAGAACAAAGUUUCAAUUCACUGAAGAAGAAUUUGGUGACUCUCUGGCAACAUUAGUGAAGAAAUCCAAAAUAUUCUUCCUAAAAUAGAUUUGUCUAGAGUAAUUUUAUAAGAGUUUCUAAGGACCAUGACCUGUAUUCCUCUAAUCAGAAGCCUAGUUUAAAGGUAGGUAAGUUCAGAAAUUCAGACUUCUUUGGGGUAAUGAUGCAAUCAGCUAGAAAGUAGUCAUGUCCUCUGUGUGUUUGCCACGCGUUUGUCUCCAUGAAAUGGAAAGCAAAUGUCACUGUCAUAUUCAAAACCACCAUUGAAAUAAAACAUGAUGCUAAGGGAA